GCUCUGAGGCCUCAGCUGUCAAACACAACGAGUCCUGGGGCCCAGAGCACCGGGAGGCGGAGGGUGGGUCUGCGGUCGCGUGACCAAACCAGCUGUUAGCAGGGGGCUGGAGAGCCUGGAGUCUGGGAAACCAGAGCACCGGCGGUCUUCUGCGCUACCGAUGCAGAGGCUGUAACCUAGCCGCCGCAGCGCCCCCAACUCCGCAGUCGCAGCAUCAGCUCCGCUGGACCCGGCUGGAGCCGGCUGCUUGGCAGUGAAUGUGGAAUGUGAUGUCAAUCCGGGAUCCACCCAAAUGUGUCUAUGCUGAGAUGUACAGCUCAACUAAGCCUGUGUUGGGAGUGACCCUUACUCUGUGAGAUGCACGGAUUCCACUCUGUCACCCACAAGAGGAUUGGAGCCUUGGGUUUGGGAAGUGCUGUCUUGGUGGCACUGCCUCUACCACCAGAUGUCUGGCGCGCCUCCAAGUUACUCUUUUGUGGCUCUGCCACCUCGAGCUAAGGAUGGUCUGGUGGUAUUUGGGAAAAAUUCAGCUCGGCCCAGAGAUGAAGUCCAGGAGGUUGUGUAUUUCCCAGCUGUUGACCAUGACGCUGAGAGCAAAGUUGAGUGCACUUACAUCUCAAUCGACCAAGUCCCCAGGACCCAUGCCAUCGUGAUAAGCAGACCUGCCUGGCUCUGGGGGGCAGAAAUGGGAGCCAAUGAACAUGGGGUAUGCAUAGCCAACGAAGCCAUCAAUGCCAGAGAGCCAGCUGCUGAGACGGAAGCCUUACUGGGAAUGGAUCUGGUCAGGCUUGGCUUAGAACGAGGGACAACAGCUAAAGAAGCCCUAGACAUCAUUGUUUCUUUAUUGGAUGAGCACGGACAAGGUGGAAAUUAUUAUGAAGAUGCACACUCCUGCCAUAGCUUCCAAAGUGCAUAUCUGCUUGUGGAUCGAGAUGAAGCCUGGGUGCUGGAGACUGUAGGGAAGUAUUGGGCUGCUGAGAGAAUCACAGAGGGAGUGAGGUGCAUUUGCAAUCAUCUUUCCCUCACCACUAAGCUGGAUGAAGAACACCCAGAACUCAGGACUUAUGCUCAGAGUCAAGGCUGGUGGACAGGAGACGAUGAAUUCAAUUUUGCCCAGGUUUUUUCUCCAACCGAUGACCAUGUGGACUGCUGUGCAGGCAAAGACAGCUUAGAAAAACAAGAAGAAAGCAUCACUGUGCAGACGAUGAUUAACAUCUUACGAGACAAAGCCAGUGGUGUUUGCAUAGAUUCUGAGUCUUUCCUCACCACAGCCAGUAUAGUGUCUGUCUUGUCUCAGAACAGAAGUUCACCAUGCAUCCACUACUUCACCGGGACCCCAGAUCCUUCCAGGUCCAUAUUCAAGCCUUUCAUCUUUGUUGAUGAUGUAAAACUUGUCCCCAAAGCACAGUCACCCUGUUUUGGUGACGAUGACCCAGCCAAAAAGGAACCUCGGUUCCAGGAGAAGCCAGACCGCCGGCAUGAGCUGUACAAGGCACACGAGUGGGCACGUGCUGUCAUCGAGAGUGACGAGGAGCAAGGCCGCACCCUGAGGAAGACCAUGCUGGAGUUGGAGAAGCAAGGCCUGGAGGCCAUGGACGAGAUUCUGAGCAGCCCCGAGCCCCCGGACCCCGCUGAGGUGGGGGACCUUUUCUAUGACUGUGUGGACACCGAGAUGAAGUUCUUUAAGUGAUGUAAGCACCCUCACCCUUACUCAAAACUUCCCACCCGACUAAAUUACCAGCAGAUAACCACUCUUCUGUGUGAGUAAACCGAGAGUUACCAUGUG